ACGUCACGCGCAGGGGCGGGGCCGCACGCCUCGGGGAGGGGAGGCGGGCAAGAUGGCGCCGGGUGAGUGAUUCUCCCGGGUUCCCCCAGCGGCUGCGGAGACACCGGGGCGGGGGAUCCGACCCCCAUUGCCCGCCUUCCUCCUCUCCCCCGCCCCCGGAGGCCUCGCCUUCGCUUCCUCCCUUCUCUUGGGGGGGCGGGCUGGAUUCUCGGGACACCAUGUCGGACUCUGAGGAGGAGAGCCAGGACCGGCAACUGAAAAUCGUCGUGCUGGGGGACGGCACCUCCGGGAAGACCUCCUUAGCCACAUGUUUUGCUCAAGAAACUUUUGGGAAACAGUACAAACAAACUAUAGGACUGGAUUUCUUUUUGAGAAGGAUAACGUUGCCAGGAAAUUUGAAUGUUACUCUUCAAGUUUGGGAUAUAGGAGGGCAGACAAUAGGUGGAAAAAUGUUGGAUAAAUAUAUCUAUGGAGCACAGGGAAUCCUCUUGGUAUACGAUAUUACAAAUUAUCAAAGCUUUGAGAAUUUAGAAGACUGGUAUACUGUGGUGAAGAAAGUGAGUGAGGAGUCAGAAAUUCAGCCCUUGAUUGCUUUGGUGGGCAAUAAAAUUGAUUUGGAGCAUAUGCGAACAGUGAAACCUGAGAAGCACUUACGAUUUUGCCAGGAAAAUGGUUUUAGUAGCCACUUUGUCUCAGCCAAGACAGGAGACUCUGUCUUCCUGUGUUUUCAGAAAGUUGCUGCUGAAAUCCUUGGAAUCAAGUUAAACAAAGCAGAAAUAGAACAGUCACAGAGGGUGGUGAAGGCAGAUAUUGUAAACUACAACCAGGAGCCCGCUUCCAGAACUGUGAACCGGCCUCGGAGCUCGAUGUGCGCUGUCCAGUGAGCGCGCCGUCCUUCUGUGUCCCUCGCCCCUGAGAACUGGUUUCCUCAGUGACCACCUCCGUAGUGCAGUUCACACUUUGCUCCCAUCCCUUCAUCCGUGAGCGCUGCCUCAGAGCCGCAGGCAGCUCCUGGGACUGGAAAGCAUUCAGCUUCGGACCACACGCUCGGAAAUGAGAAUGGGCACCCCUUCUCUGGAGUCAGCCUGCUUCGCCGAAGAAGUGCGAUGAUGGUUCUGUACGUCCUUGCUGCUUUUCCCUGAUGUAAAAGUUUUAAACCAAAUAUAAAACUGUCCAAGUCUAUCAUCAGCCAGGAUAUUGCCACUGCACAGUUUAAUUUUCUUAUCUGAAUUCAUGUAUGUCAGAGUAUACUUCAGAGUGCAAAUAUUGAAAUAAGUAAUAUAUUUUCCCUACAGUUACUUAACGGGUCAUUCUUUUAUUGUCUAUUGUGAUUGAAAACAUAUAAAGCUGUAUUUAACUGAAAAUGCUUGAAAUAAGGUUGAAAUAGAAAUAUUUUUUCAUUUUUAAAAGGGGAUCUAAAUU